AUGGACGUCCAGACCUUCGUCUCGGACAACUUGAUCAAGCUGGUCGGCGCGUCCGAGCCGAUGCUGGUCGAUUUCAUCACACAAACGGCAAAGACGACGAAGAGUUCUGGAUCGCUGUUCGACAAGUUAUCUGGCAUGCUGGACUCAUCAAACGAUGCGGACUUGCGGCGAUUUAGCGAUGAACUGCACGGGCGCAUAGCCGGGAAGGCGAACGGAAGCAAUGGGGUGUCGAAGAAGGAGAAGGAAAGGCCAGUGAAGGAGGGAAAGAAAAAGUAUGCUAUGGUGGAUAUGGAUGUGGAGGAGCAGGCGCCAGUAGCCGUCAAGAAAGUUGACGGGGAGGGCGAGCGGAGGAAGGAGAAGAAGGAGCGGCGGGAUAGAGAUCGAGACCGCAGACGAUCAAGAAGCAGGGAUCGAGGCAGCAGGAAGAAGAUCAGACGGAGGGAUGAAGAUGACUUUGACGACCGAUGGGGCGACGAGGAAGUCGCGGAGGAAGAACAGGUCGAGGAGGAGUUCGCGAGCCCACCUGCGAAGCGCACCAAGUUGGACAACGGCUCUGCUUCUCCCAGGCCAGGCAAGGCAGAAGACGAGGAGGACGAUGUCGACGAGGAAGAGCGAGAUCGAAAAGAGCGGAUUGAAUUCGAAAAGCGCCUGCAGAACCGCGACAAGUCAUCCACCAAGAACGUCGCUGAAGACCGCCCCUCCAAACGCGAGCAAGCCGACGCCGACCGCAGAGCAAAAGCUGGCAAGCUGUCGGAGCAAGAGAUGGCUGCUCUUCGAUUGCGCUCCCGGCAAAACUAUCUUAAGAAACGCUCGGCUCAGGAGCUGGCUCUGCUGCGGAAGCAGGUGGCUGAUGAAGCGGAAGAAGAACGGUCGAACCCUCUCCUCACACAGACUGAGAAGGAUGAGUUUGCCCGAAACAGAGAGGCGCUGCGUCUGGCCGAGGAGCGGGAGGGUAUUGACGACUAUAUCGACGGCUACGCGAUGCCCGAGGACUACAUCACAGAGAAAGGCAAGAUGGACACGAGGCGGAAGCAAGACGCGCUGUACUCCCGCUACGUGGACCGAGACGAUCAGGGGCGAGAGCGAUACGUGACCGAGCACGAAGAGUGGGAGCGGGAGCAGCUGGCGAAGACACAGGCGCAGAUUGUCGUUGCGGAUCGCAAGAACGAGGCAGAGUAUGAAUACGUUUUCGACGAGGAGCAGCAGAUCAAAUGGGUCAGCGAUGCGGUGAUGAAAGGCGGACUGGGCGAGAUGCAGAGCGCGGAGGAGCGGUUAAUGGCGCAGCAAUUACUCGCUGCGGAGCGGAAGGCGAAGACGAUUGAAGAAAAGCGGAAGAGUUUGCCCGUCUACCAGUACCGGCAGCAGUUCCUGGACGCAGUGAAGGAGUUCCAGGUGCUGAUCGUGGUUGGAGAGACUGGUAGUGGGAAGACGACGCAGCUGCCGCAGUACCUGUACGAGGAUGGAUACUGCAAGGAAGGGAUGAAGGUGGGUUGCACUCAGCCUCGACGAGUGGCCGCGAUGAGCGUUGCUGCCAGAGUGGCAGAGGAGAUCGGAGUGAAAGUUGGGAAUGAAGUGGGAUACGCGAUUCGGUUUGAAGAUGCCACGACGGACAAGACGAUGUUGAAAUAUAUGACGGACGGCAUGCUUCUCAGAGAGUUCUUGACGGAGCCGGAUCUGGGAGGGUACAGUUGUCUGAUGAUUGAUGAAGCCCACGAACGAACGCUGCAUACCGACAUUCUCUUCGGUUUGGUGAAGGAUAUCGCUCGUGGACGCCCAGAUCUGAAGCUCCUGAUCUCGUCGGCUACCUUGGAUGCGCAGAAAUUCUCUGCUUUCUUCGACGACGCACCUAUUCUCAAUAUUCCUGGCCGGACUUACGAUGUCGAGAUGAAUUACUCGCUGCAGCCAGAGGCCAACUACCUCUCGGCCGCCAUCACCACAGUCUUCCAGAUUCACCUUUCGCAACCCAUGCCUGGCGACAUUUUGGUCUUCCUCACAGGCCAGGAUGAGAUCGAGCAAGCAGAACAGUCGCUACAAGAAACAGCAAAGAAGCUGGGCUCAGCGGCACCCGAGCUGAUGAUAUGUCCCAUCUACGCCAAUCUACCAACGGACCUACAACAAAAGAUUUUCGACCCAACACCGCCCAAAGUCCGCAAAGUCGUCCUCGCCACCAACAUCGCCGAAACCAGUCUCACAAUCGACAACAUCGUCUACGUGAUCGACCCGGGCUACGUGAAAGAGAACCGCUACACGCCCGCCACAAACAUGGAGUCCCUCGUCGCCGUCCCCAUCUCCCGUGCCUCGGCCAACCAACGCGCCGGUCGCGCCGGCCGCACCGGCCCAGGGAAAUGCUUCCGCCUGUACACGAAAUGGGCCUUCUACAACGACCUCCCCGAAUCCACUACCCCGGAAAUCCAACGCACGAACCUCAACUCCAUCGUCCUCAUGCUAAAAUCUUUGGGUAUCAACGACCUCAUCGCCUUCGACUUCAUGGACCCUCCGGCACCAGACAUGCUCAUCCGCUCGCUCGAACAACUUUACGCCCUCGGCGCGCUCAACGACCGCGGGGAGCUCACAAAGAUCGGACGGCAGAUGGCUGAAUUCCCGACGGACCCUAUGCUCGCUAAAGCCGUCCUCGCCGCGGACAAAGAAGGCUGCGUGGCGGAAGUCCUGUCCAUCGUCGCCAUGCUCGGCGAAGCCUCCGCCUUGUUCUACCGACCGCGGGAUAAGAAGAUGCAGGCAGACGCGGCUAGGAACCGUUUCACGGUGAAAGAAGGCGGCGAUCACGGGACCUUGCUGAAUAUCUUCAACCAGUGGCUCGAUGCGGAUUUCUCGUUCGUCUGGGCAAAGGAGAAUUUCCUGCAGCAGCGCAGCCUUACCCGCGCGAGAGAUGUGCGGGAUCAGUUAACGAAACUCUGCGAGCGCGUUGAAGUCGAUCCAGCCAGUACCUGCGGCAGUUCAAACCUCCAGCCCAUCCUCCGCGCGCUGACGGCCGGUUUCUUUCCAAACGCCGCCCGUCUCCAACGCAACGGGGAUAGCUAUCGCACUGUCAAGAACAAUCUCACAGUGCAUCUCCACCCGAGCAGCGUGCUGAUGGAGAGCAGACCGAAGUGGGUGGUUUUCUACGAAUUGGUGCUGACGAGCAAGGAGUUUAUGCGGAGUUGUGUGCCGUUGCAGCCCGAGUGGUUGAAUGAGCUGGCGCCGCAUUUCUAUAAGAAGGGGGAUGUGGAGAGUUUGGGGGUGGAUCGGAAGGUGCCGAAGGGGCAGGGCUUGUUGUGA